CAGGACCACGGUCGUGGUGCCGCCCAGCCCCUUCAUCGCGGCGCCGCCCCUGGUCAUGGCGACGCCGCCGAUGAUCAUCGCUGGGCCCUCUCUCGGGGACGUCGUGGUCGGGAACGUAAUCGGCAGCGCGAUCUCUGGCGUGCUGCACUCCGUGCUGCCGCCGCCGCCCAGCGGCGCCGACGUGGCCCUCCAGCAGCAGCAGAGGCAGGAUGAGCGCCUGCUCGACCGGCAGGCCGCCGAGAUCGAGUCGCUGCGGCGGGAGCUGCGCGAGCUGCAGUCCGCGGGGCCGCGCGCGCCAGGCGCGGCGACGGUGCUGCAGGUCACGGUCCCGGAGGGCAAGAGCCCCGGGCAGCCCCUGGCGGUGAAGGCCCCCACCGGCCCAACUUACGAGGUGAAGGUGCCAGAGGGCCUGGCUCCCGGCCAGACGUUCAACGUUCAGCUGCCAGCGGGCCAGAGCUGAAUGAUGCUCCUCCUCCGUCUCCGUCCCCUUCCCUUCCUCCGACCUU